CAGGAAUGCCAAAUCGGAAGUGGCCCAGAGCGGCCAUUUCGCGUAUGUUGUCAACUGUUCUAACCCGCGAAUCGCAUGCGGGAUGCUGAGGAUUUCUGGUGUCCCUGCAGAGCCCCUGGGUCAGGGCACAUCACUGAGGUGGCAGCAUCUUCCUUCACAGCCCUCACCUGACUCUUCCCAGCAGCUCUGAUUGGAGCCUUCUGAUGCCCACCCAGCUCGAGGCUCCUGGAAAGAGUGGAGUUGUCAGCAAAAGAGACCAAGAAUCGAAGCCCAGAGAGGACAUGCUUGCUGAUGUGAAUUUGCCCCAGAGGCCCCAGGUCUUGGGUCCAGAGGAGCAGGAUGGAUCACAUGAGGGGUCAGUGUCAUUUGAGGAUGUGACCAUGGACUUCAGCAGGGAGGAAUGGCAGCAACUGGACUCUGCCCAGAGAUGCCUGUACCAAGAUGUGAUGCUGGAGAUCUAUAGCCACCUGUUCUCCGUGGGGUAUCACAUUCCCAACCCAGAGAUUGUAUGCAGGAUGGAAAAAGGAAAGGAGCCAUGGAUGGGGGAGACUGAACUCCCAUGUCAGAGGUAUCAAGAAGGGGAGUUUGGGCUUGAAACCCCACAGUGGGAAACUUCUGAAACAGCUUCAUUUCAUAAUAAGAUGGUGGGUGAAGUCACAAGAGAUAGCUCAUGGUGUUCCAUUUCAGAAGAGCUAUGGGAAGAAGCUGCCCAAACUAAGAGAGAUCAGAAGAAUCAAAGUAAACCUUCACAUCAGGGGGCUUUCCUCAACAAGAAAAAAUUGAACCCAGAGAGGGAUUGUGACUAUAAGGACUCUGGAAAAAUCAUCCACGUGAGGCCCCACCUUGUUUCUUCACAAAAGAGACCUCACAAACAUUGCUCUUUUGCAAAAAGGUUGAAGCCUAACCUAGAAGUAAAUCAUCAAAAUCAAAGCAACACCACAAAACACCUCAAUGAGAUGGUUGAAUCUGGUCAGCCAUUCACCCAUAGCUCUUCCAGUGCCAGCUGCAAAAAUACUCAUACAGAAGAGAACUUCUGUGAAAGUAAUUCACAUGCAAAAGUCUUUGGCCAUAAGCAGUCACUCACACAACAUCAAGUUCAUACUCAGGAAAAACCAGAUAAGUGUACUGAAUGUGGGAAGUUUACCCAGAAGUCACACCUCCUUAAGCAACAGAGAUUCCACAGUGUAGCAAACCUCCAGGAAUGCAGUAAAUGCGGGAAAGCCUUCACCCCACAACCAGAACUCGGCAUAUAUGUGACAGAUCAUACAGGUAAUAUACCGUACAUAUGUAAGGAAUGUGGAAAAGUCUUCAUUCAGAGGCCAGAAUUGGUUACACAUCAGAAAACUCACACUAGAAAGAAGCCCCAUAAGUGCCACGAAUGUGGAAAAGCCUUUUUCCAGAUGUUAUCUCUCUUCAGACAUCAGAGAACUCAUACGAGAGAAAAACUCUAUGAAUGCAGUGAAUGUGGGAAAGGCUUCUCCCAGAAUUCAACCCUCAGUAUACAUCAGAAGAUUCAUACUGGUGAGCGACAGUACAUAUGCAGUGAGUGUGGGAAGGCCUUCACACAGAAGUCAACACUCAGCUUGCACCAGAGGAUCCAUUCAGGGGAGAAGUCUUAUGUAUGUAUUGAAUGUGGCCAGGCCUUUAUCCAGAAGGCACACCUGAUUGUACAUCAGAGAAGUCACACAGGAGAGAAACCUUAUCAGUGCCACAACUGUGGGAAAUCCUUCAUUUCCAAGUCACAACUUGAUAUACAUCAUCGAAUCCAUACUGGGGAGAAACCUUAUGAAUGUAGUGACUGUAGGAAAACUUUCACCCAAAAGUCACACCUCAACAUACACCAGAAAAUUCACACUGGAGAAAGACACCAUGUGUGCAGCGAAUGUGGGAAGGCCUUCAACCAGAAGUCAAUACUCAGCAUGCAUCAGCGAAUUCACACUGGAGAGAAGCCUUACAAAUGCAGUGACUGUGGGAAAGCCUUUACUUCCAAGUCACAAUUCAGAGAGCAUCAGCGGAUCCACACCGGAGAGAAACCCUAUGUAUGCACUGCAUGUGGGAAGGCUUUCAACGGUAGGUCAAAUUUCCAUAAACAUCAGAUCACUCACAGUAGAGAGAGAACUUUUUCCUGUUGCAAGUGUGGGAACACCUUCACCCAGAAAUCAGAGUUGAUUACACAUCAGAGAACUCAUAUCGGAGAGAAACCUUAUGAAUGCUGUGACUGUGGAAAAUCCUUCAGUAGGAAACCACAACUCAAAGUGCAUCAACGGAUUCACACAGGAGAGAGACCUUAUGUGUGUUCCAAGUGUGGGAAGAGCUUCAACAACAGAUCAAAUUUUAAUAAACAUCAAAUAACUCAUACCAGAGACAAAUCUUACAAAAGCAGCUAUUCUGUGCAAGGCUUUACUCAGAAGUCAAUUCCUAGUAUGCAUCAGCAUAUACAUAAAUGAAACAAACUCUGAAUUUCUUGAAGGAAAAAAAACUUAUGAUUCAGAUUUAAUUGUAUAUUAUAAAAUUCAUGCUUCAGAAAAACUCUAGGGAUGCAAUGCACAUCACCAAGUUACACAUUAUUUUAUGUGAGGGAAAUUACUCAGGAAAUGACUUUUAAGAAUAAGUGGAAAUGUCGAUAUUUGUACUAACCUCAUUAAAUGUUAUAAAUUUCAUUUGAGGAAGAAACCCUACCUAAUGCAUUGAGAAGAGAGUCUCUGUAGAAUGUGAUACAAGACAGAUUGUUACCAGAUUAUUUACAGGAAACUUUGUGGGAAAUUCUAUUAAUGACAACCCUGUCUGAUGUGGAAUAUCAAUAUUUUUAAAGUGCCAGCAAACUGAGUGAUAACUGGGCAAUAUUAUGUGUAUGUGUGUGUGUACAAUAUUAUACAUACAUACAUAAUACAAUAUUAUGUAUGUAUGUAUAUUUAUAUCUUCAGAUCAGCAUAUAUAUUAUAUACACACAUGUGCACACACACACACACACACACACACACCCCCUCAAUUCUGUAGUGUUUGCUAUAGAAUUCACUGUGUAACAGGGGGUGUGGAUAGAUUAUAUAUUUUUCAAAAGAACCUAAUAUAAUUGUUUAUCAGAUUUACUCCCUAUUGAAUAUUUAUAUCCUGAGGUUGCACAGUCAAUAAUUAUUAAUUUCUUUACAUAUAUAGACAGAUGAAUGUACUUUUUUUGGUAAAUGCAUAAAUGUGAUUCUGGUCUUCAUAGUGUAGUUUUUCUCUUCUUCCAUUAUUAGUUUGGCCCUUCCCUCCCCUCCACCUUCACCACCUAUGGUCAACCUUUUAGUUUGGACUCUUUCAUAUUUUUAUACAUGCUCCUAAUCAUAUAUGCUAGGAGUCCACAAACUGGCCAUCAGCCAAAUCUGGUUGGCCACCUGUGUUUUUUACAUAAAAUUUUAUUGGAACACAGCCAUAUUGACUUGUUUAUAUGUUGUCUGUGGCUGCUUUUGUGCUCCAGUGGCAGAGCUGAGUAGUCAUGGCAAAGGCCAUAUGGCCUGCAAGCUGAAAGUAUUUACUCUCCAGCCCUUACAAAAGUCUGCCAACACUUGUUACCCACACACAUUACUAUGCUCAUAAGCAUACACCUAUAUAGGUACUCAUCCCUCUUUGUUUUAUAACUAUCAGACCAUAUCAUGUACACAGUCCUACAAUACAGCUACAAUACAGCUGUUCAGUGACUACACUGGCAUUCUGUCAGUAUGUGGACAUGCUGCAAUUUAUUCAACCAUCCUCACACUUUUUAUUAUUCAUUCUUCCCCCCACUUUUUUUUUUGCUACAACUAAGCAGCAGAAUAGCACCAUCUGUAAGUGGACAGGCCCAGGAACCAGGUUCCUGUACUUGUUUCUACAUCAAUCAGGCAAGAUAUUUAACUCAUCCAUCCUGGUUUUCAAAAGGAAGAUGACAACAGUGCUACCCUAUGAGUCCUCAUGAGAAAUAAAUAGGUGAAUAAGCGUUAAGCACUUAAACUGCAUGGAGAAAACCAGACCUUGGUGAAUUUGAGUGGAAUGUGACCAAAUGAAUGGAAAUGAAAGGAUGGGGGUUAGGGAUGGCAGAGAGGAGGAGUGAGUAAAAUAAAGCCUCUUUUAAUAUGAAACCAGGUGGAAUGGGUGGGAAUGCUGCCCUGCAGCCCUGGUCUCAGGGAUUCUGUUCCAGCCUUCAGAUAUCCUUCAGCCCAGUAUUGGGGCUCCUGGGGCUGAGAGGCUGAUGUCCACAGUGAGGUUGGUGUAGAGGGGCUGCAGCUGCUUGGAGAGCAAUCUGUAUCCCAGCGAGUUCAGGCCAUCAUGCUGCCACUUGUGGUGGAUAUGGGCCAGAAGGCCAGGACUGGGAGGAUGGGCAGGAGGGGCAGCCGUGUGAGCAAUGGGCUUGGGAACAGGCCCAGGGCUGGCUACCCUGCCCCCAGGCCUGACUCACCUCUGGGGGCUCUGCUUGUGGCUGGGGUCCUGCCCCUCCAGCAUGUGGUAGCGGCCAAAGAGCAGAUGGGGCCGUGAGAGGAGCAUCCCGCUGAGUUUCAGCCUUACAGGGGAGAGGGCAGGGAGGCCGGAUGCCUAUCUCCUCUGAUAGGGUCCCCAUGCCAUGCCCAGCCCCUCAGGCCAGAGUGGCUUGCAUCUCCCACAAUCCAACAUAGCUCGUGUCCCCUCUUGGUCCAGGGCAGCCUGUGUCCCCCACACCAUGGAGGGCCCUCAGCCCCUUGUGCUAGGCUCCCUAGAGCAGAGCCCCCUACCUGGCAGCAAUGUCAUUGUCCUCCUGAUCCCAGCCCCAGUAUGUGUUGGGGAAGCCAUGGAUCCUCAGGUAGUGAAUGGGGCGCAGGGCAAACACCCCUCCAAGGUAGCCUCGGUAGGGCAGCCUGCAGAGGCAGGGAGAGUUCGAAGCACAGGGAAUUUCAGGAGAUGGGCCCUGGCCCUUUCCUGGCCUGGAUCACAAGGUUUAUUUCUGGUUUAGCCCUUCUCCACUCACCUGCGUGGGAACCUCUCCCCUGUCCCCUAGGAUGUCCCCAUGCUUGAUCCUGGGGCAGCCUUGACCCUUGAGAUGGCACCUCACAUGACCCUGGGAGAUCCCCUCCCUGAAUCAUCUGACAGGCCAUUUUUGUGACCCCAUUAAUGGCCCCUCCCUCUAUAAGUUCUCCUUCUUUGACCUCUGUUAUACCCUCUCUGCCUACCGCUUUAUUAACUGCAUCCUGACUCCCCCACUGAUAGCCAAUCCUAUUCCCACUUGACACCCACAUCCAGGAGGAAGGUUCUUCACCAUCUACAAAGCUGCCCCAAGGCCCCAUCAUCCUCUCCAUCAUCUGCCCCAGGGAUCAGGGCCUGGACUGUACAGAUGGGCUGGGUGAGACCCAGGGAAGUUGGGGGGGGGGGAGGGGUGCGCCUGGCCAAGAGUCCCCCACAGGAUGUCCCCUCCAUUCACCUACUUGUAGUUGAACUUGUCGAUGGCCACAGACACAUGGGCAGGAAAGAUGUCACAGAUGUAGAGGUUGCGAUCAUCCUCGGGGAGCAGGUUCACAUCAUGGAAGAAGACACAGUCCCAGUCCUCCUCCUGCAUGGCCUCCCAGAACCCCACGUUGCGGAGCCUGCCCCGGUUGAAGGCAGUGUUGUUCACCUGGGGUGGAUGGAGAUGCUCGGCAUUGCCCUCACAGCAGGCAGUGGUGUCCCCCCACUUGCCAGGCCUGUCCUCUCUCCCCUCCUGAGUGCCACUCCUACUUGGAACCCCUUCUUAGUCCCACUGUGGAGAUGGAAAACCGAGACUUGUCCAGGAAGGCACAGUUCAAAGGUGACCUCCCCUGGGAAACUUUUCUUGGCUCUCCACCCCCAUCCCAGGCAGAGUCAGCAUCUUCAGCCUCUCAGCUAUCCCUCCUCAGCCAUCUUCAAGGUUUUCAAGGAUCAUCACCUUCAAGAGGCCAUUGGAGGGAGGCAGAGGUCAGGAGUGAUUGGGGACAACCUGUGUCUCUGUUUCUGCUCCUACUAGAUGAAGAUCAGGUCUGAUGCCCAGGAUAGGGUUUGCCUCUCCUCCUCCUCUUCUUCCUCCAUC